AUGAAUCAGCUCCAGGAGAGGGCCGGGAAGUAUAUCAAGGCUGAGGAAAGCCUGAAGAAAUCCCAGAAUAACCAGGGACCGUCCCCGAACCCAAAAAAACGUGGAAACGACACCGAGUACAACGCGGAUAGUAAGUAUUCUAAGUCAGGGGAUGAUGAUAAGUCCCCGACCAAAAAGAGAGCAGGACCGAGGUUCACUGUGUAUGCAAGGCUGAAUGCCCCUAGGAGUCAGAUCCUGAUAGAAAUUGAGAAAGAUGGAAGUGUUCGAUGGCCGAAGCCUAUUAUGACUGACCCCGAAAAGAGAAACAUGGACUUGUACUGCAGGUUUCAUAAGGAUACAGGACAUAAGACCGAUGAUUGUCGGCAGUUGAAGGAUGAGAUUAAUUUUUUGAUCCAGAAAGGCAAGUUGUCCAGGUAUACGAGGGAUACAGACAGGAAUCCCCGUGACAAUGAUAAUCGUGGAAAAGACAACGAUGAUAGGGAUAAGGGAAACCAGCCUAGAGGGCCUGUGAUCAAUAUAAUCUCUGGAGGACCGACCGCAGAAGGCCUAUCUAGUAACUCACAAAAAGCUUAUGCUCGUGAAGUGAUGUGCAUUGUUGGAGAGCCCCCGAAGAGGGCAAAAAUUGAGUUUGCUCUAGCAUUCGACAAUUUAGAUCUUGACAGAGUGAAAUUUCCCCAUGAUGAUCCUUUGAUGGGAUAUUCUGAUUCGCAAUUGACACCUUCAGAUAUGCCUAUAUACGGCUUUGAUAACGUGGAGACAAAAAUUGAAGGUAUGAUCCAACUACCCGUGACAAUGGGCACCGAGCCUAGACAGGCCACAUGUAUGCUGAAUUUUUUGGUCGUUAAGGCUUCAUCAACCUACAAUGCUAUCCUUGGGAGGACUGGGAUACAUGCUUUUAAAGCCAUCCCAUCCACCUACCACUUGAAGAUCAAAUUCCCUACCAAGAACGGAGUGGGAGAAGAAAUAGAAGAUCAAAAAAUGGCUAGAAGUUGUUAUGUGGGGGCUCUGAAGUCUGGAGGGACCGGGGGGCAGGUUCUCCCAAUUGAGGACUUGGAUGUCCGAGAAGAAGAGGAAAGGAGAGGGAAUCCUGCUGAGGACUUAGUUCCCAUCUCCCUAUAUCCAGAUGAGCCCGAGAAGAUGACCUAUUUAGGGGCGUAA